CUUAAACUACGAGCAUCUUCUUCCAGGAUCCACCGUCCAACCCUCAAAGUUGCAUGCUCUUUAAGUACUCCUCGGGUCCACCUUUCUUCUCUACACAGUAUCUGCUGGCAGAGGAAGAGAAAAAGACCGCCAAGCCGACGCCACACCCUUUCCUUCUUCUGCUUCCUUCCUUUGGUCUUUAUCUUCCUUGCGUUGCACCCAAAGAAUACGAUACGAUACGAUACGAUACGACCCGACGUAACACAGCACGACUCAAGAGUUUCGCAGCGAAGAUGAAGGGAAGGGACAUUGUCGUGGUUCUGGGAUUGAUGUUGGUGGUGGUAGUGAAUGUGGCAGAAUGCGAUGCGGACACGGUGACGAAGGUGAAGACUGUGAAUGGGAAGAAAAUGUGCGACAAAGGGUGGGAGUGCAAGGGGUGGUCCAUUUACUGUUGUAACGAAACCAUCACCGACUACUUCCAGACCUACCAGUUUGAGAAUCUAUUCUCCAAGAGGAACUCUCCCUUAGCUCACGCCGUCGGCUUCUGGGACUACCAGUCCUUCAUCACAGCCGCCGCAAUUUAUGAGCCCAUCGGCUUCGGCACCACCGGCCUCAAGGUUUUGAAGAUGAAGGAAAUCGCCGCCUUCCUCGCCCAUGUAGGCAGCAAGACUUCUUGUGGUUAUGGAGUGGCGACAGGAGGACCCUUCGCUUGGGGGCUUUGCUUCAACAAGGAAAUGAGUCCCAGCCAGUCAUACUGCGACGACUCCUACAAAUUCACCUACCCUUGUGCUCCAGGAGCUGAAUACUAUGGCCGUGGUGCCUUGCCUAUCUACUGGAACUACAACUAUGGUGCAGCUGCGGAGGCUUUGAAAGCAGACCUGUUGAAUCAUCCAGAAUACGUUGAGCAGAAUGCUACCCUUGCUUUCCAGGCUGCAAUUUGGAGGUGGAUGACCCCAGUCAAGAAGUCGCAGCCUUCAGCCCAUGAUGCCUUUAUUGGCAACUGGAAGCCGACCAAGAAUGACACUUUGGCUAAACGUGUUCCUGGUUUUGGCACCACAAUGAACAUUCUUUAUGGGGACUUUGUUUGCGGCAAGGGUGAUAUUGAUUCCAUGAACAACAUCAUUUCCCAUUACCUGUAUUACCUUGACCUUAUGGGUGUUGGCCGUGAGGAGGCAGGGCCUCAUGAGGUUCUGUCUUGUGCCGAGCAGGUUGCAUUUAAUCCAUCUUCCUCUGCCACAACCGCAUCUUCUUGAGCUCUACAUGAUGUUACCAGGGUUGAGACCCGUCGUCUUUAUGGAGCAUGAUGGUGUGCAAUAUAUGUAUAUGAACAAUCUUCUCGUUAUGUGUUCAAUUACAAAUGUGUAAAGUGAAGAAAUGUUUUGUAUUUAUGAUAGAUCUCUUCUCUUGUCCCAAUUCAGUCUUCCUUUGGCAAAUUUACGUUGUUUUGAUUAAUCAGAGCAUGUACCUUGAUUUUGAA